GUAUGUCCAAACGAAAGCACAUGUAGAAGAAGAGCUACUUUGAUCACGUUUCUACUGUGUCUGGGUAUAUGAAGUUGUUUUCUGGUUCAAAAUAAGGUUGUCGUCGACGGUGUUGGGUUGCCAUGGCAUCACGAGCAGGGCCUCGCGCCUCAGGAACAGACGGCAGCGACUUUCAGCACCGCGAGCGCGUGGCGGCACAUUAUCAGAUGAGUGUGGCCCUGAAGUCUGAGAUCAAGAAGCUGAACAUCGCUCAUGCAGUGGUCUGGUUUCUUAUAGCAGCACAGGUGGUGGUCAGCCAGCUGAACCUGGUGUCCCAUAAAGUGGUGGCCUCUCCGUACCAAUGGGAGUACACAUAUCUUUUGAGCAUCAUACCUACAGUCUUCAGCUUCAUGGCUUUGCCGAAAAACAACAUCAGUUACCUGGUCAUCUCAAUGAUCAGCGCCGGCCUUUUUUGUGUGGCUCCUAUUCUUUAUGGAGGGAUGGAGAUGUUUCCUGUGGCUCAGCAGCUUUAUCGCCACGGCAAAGCUUAUAGGUACAUCUUUGGCUUCUCUGCCGUGUCUAUAAUGUACUUAGUCUUGAUUAUUUCAGUUCAAGUACAUGGCUGGCAGAUCUACUACAGCAAAAAGCUGCUGGACGCCUGGUUCACCAACACACAAGAGAAAAAGAAGAAAUAAGAAACUGCUGGAGAGUAGAUGUCUGUCAGCUUCUUGUUUGUGUCUUUGUUUCCUCCUCCUGAGGGCUUUUUGGUCACAUACGUUUUUAUGAUUACCUGACUAACUAAUUUGAGCCUAAGAAGAGAUCAGAUUUGUUAAACCAGGAUCUUCUGUUCUUCUCACCCACUGGCUCUCGGCCCAGAUUCUGAUUAGGUCUGAACUGCUGCCUUUGUAAUCUCUGUCUGUCUCCACCAUGUUUUCCUCAUGCUGUUUAACAGAUCCUGUACCUCCACAAGGGA